AUGAGUACCGAUGGACAGCCAUUGGUAAAAACCGAUAAGGAGCAGACAAGGUCAAAGAAAAUUGCCUGUGUUGAAUGCCGACAGCAGAAGGCCAAGUGCGAUGCCCACGAAACGGCCCCCGAGCCCUGCACCAGAUGCAAACGGCGGAAGCUGCCAUGUGAGCUGAAAUCAGACUACAAGAGAACUUAUAAGCGAGCCAAAAUAGCACAGUUAGAGAAAGAGUAUGAAUUUCUUCGACAACGGCUUCAAGGAGACAUGAGGAGUACGGAGUAUGUUCCGCAGAUCACGACGCUCCCUUCCCUGACUGCCGUUAACGCACCUCCUUCGGGCCCGCCACCGCCUCAAAGCAUACCGCCAAUCCUACCGUUUGUGUCCCCAUCCCCAUCCCCAGCUACUGCGCCCUCUACGGCGCCAACUGGUCCAGCAGUGAUGCGGAACAUGACCGAGUCCACCUUUUUUGGCACCAAAGGCCCCGAUCCCGUUGCUGUUCCCCGAGUACAUAUAGACUCGUCUCUGUACACUUGCUCCCCAAAAUCACUUGGAGACGUUAAUCUUUCAGAGGAUCAAAUCAAGGCUCUCUUUUACGAGUACGUCGAGCGCUACCACCCUAUUCUGCCCGUCGUUGAUGUCCACAAGGGCGUGGAAAAGCUGUAUAAAUUGUGUCCAGUGCUCUUUUGGACCAUCAUGUACACAGCCCUGCGGAAACACCAGUCGUCUGCCAUCUCCAGAGAAGAAAGCAGUCGGCUUUAUUUUGCGCUUUCGCCCAUUCUCAAGUCAGCUUUGGCAGAGCUCGCAAUUGCGCCAAUCACGAGAUAUGCCCCUGCAGAGAUGGAAGAGGCCAUUCUCAAUGUUUCCAGUGUCUUCUCUGUUCAGGCCUUGCUAAUAUAUACCUACUGGCCCCCUCUAAAGUCUUCGUUGAGCGCUGACGCUAGCUGGAACUCGAUAGGAAUGGCCAUUUUCCAGGCGAUUAGGAUUGGACUCCACGUGCCGGGCCAUUCGUCUGACGGCAUGAAAACAAAUAACAUGGAUUUGUUGAAGGAGCAGGUGAGAACUUGGCUAUGCUGCAAUGCGGUGUCCCAAAUCAUCGGUACUGCUUUCGGCUUUCCUAGUUUUGUCCAGCUCGACACGUCGCUGCUCAUGUCGUGCAAGCCCAACACCGCGCUGGAGAUUCCUGACUCGCUGAGACAGAUGGUGGAAAUACAGCUGUUUGAGGACUGUCUGGCCAAAACACUGAACAGCAAUCCUCUGGACCCGCUGCGACUGGUGGAUGCCUCCGAAAGACUGCCCUUGCUGCAGCUCUUACACAAUCAGUUGGACCAGCUGCAGAUCAAGCUGUUGUCGGACUUCGCCCAUCCUGUCGACGACAUGUUGCGGAUGAAUCUUUACGCUGCCCGACUGCACAUUACAACAUACUAUUUUCUGGACACCGAUAGAAUUGCACCUUUCGAGCUCACCAAAGGCAUGACCAAAGCGUACAAUGCUGCGUUGGCCGUCAUUAUGCACUGCAAAGAUGCCCAGGCUCGAGACAAAGGUUUCAUGAAAUACAUGCCUGGAGUCCAUGUGCUGACGAUCUGGCAGGCCGCCUUCAUCAUCGCUAAACUGGUGCACUCCUCGUACACCUCGUUUGUGGACGUUGGUGCUGGAAAGGAAGCGUACCAGAGCGCAAUCGACCUCGUUCUGAAGGCUUCGGUUGUCAAGCAUGAUAUGGCACACAGAUCGUCAGGAAUCAUGCGCUCGCUCUGGCCUCUGUUCAAGACGCUGCACGAGCGUGGAGACGAGUUCCAGAAAGUCACUGUGCGUUCGCGGAUGGCUGCGAGCGUGUUUUUCGACUGCCUUUGGAUUUUGCGCGAGAAGAGCGGUAUGAUCAAGCUGGCACCGCGCGAAAGCUCCUCGAAUGUCGAUAGUGGAGCUGCAGACGAGGAGUCGGAGUCGGAGGGCUACGAAGACGCUGUGGACUCCGACUCUGCGUCUGACGAGACUCCGGAUGAUCAGCUUAUUGCCAAGGACAUCCACGACACGCCGGGUUCGUCUAUUUCGUCCCAGUCUCGGAGACGCAGAAAACAGAGAAGCCUGUCAAAUACCCUGCAUCCGGAAUCGUCUGCCCGCAAAAUUAUCAAAACAAUUCCGCUGGACCCCCAACCGAUAGCUCUGAGCGACAAGCAGGACCGCGGCAGCGCCACUUCGAGCAGCAAGGCGUCGCCAUUUUUGUCACAGUACAAAUCGCCUCCGGAGCAGACCAGAGUGCAACCUGAGGUUACAAAAAAGACGCGCAAAUCAGACACGGGCGAAAACCGCGAGUUCCCGCUGGACUCGUGGGAGAUGGUGACGGACAUGGACUCGGACUUCCUGUUCAAGAACAUCGAUACGGUGAUGGACGUGUUUGGGUUCCAUGCUGAGUGA